AUGAGUGGAAUGAAUUCUUUUACUAGUUUAUCACGAGAUUCGAGUUCGACUGAUGACUUCAGUCUUAAUCCUCUGAAAGUUGUUAUUUCUGGCGCAACAGCAAAAACAUCUGAAUCGAAGUCUUCAGAAAACAGCUCAUCUGAUAAUUUAAAUUCUUCAAAACGUAGUAUAAAGCAAUGUUAUUCGAGUCAAAUCAUUAUUACUGCUGAUGUUCCUAACGAUUUAUUAAAUAAUUUAAGGAUGACUACAAAUUCAACUUCAAGACGCGGAGUUCAUAGUGCAUCACCUACACCAGAGAUGAUAAGCAAAUCAACGCUUCAAAACGGUUCAGAUAAGAAUGAAUCAAAUUUCCAAAUCCCAGAUCAUUCAUAUCCUAAAUCUGUUGGCUUGGUCAACAUUGGUAAUCACGGCCUUGGAAAUUCUGUUGUACCCAUCAUACCUCCUCCAAUCGGUCCGACUGCGCCUCCAAAUAUGUUAGAGAUACCAUCAAUGUCCCCAAAAGGAGAUCAAUCUACAGCAAAUUCUUCAUUUUCACAACAGAUGAAUGCCAGUAAAUCAUCCAAUUUUAACGACUCCGAUGAAAGCAACUCACAAGCAUUUGCUGUUGUUAUGGCGAACCCCGACUUGUUGUAUCCUCGUAAAAACUCUUUGCCUUCAAUCCAAACUAAAAAUAUGAAUUCAGAUUUAACGAGAAUGAACUCCGUUCCGGUUAUUCCGACUGUUGGUCCACAACAGAACCCUCCAAGACCGCCGUCCAAUCCUAACAAACUUCACAUUCCGAAAAUUCCAGGAAGAACUCGAGAACUCUCAUUUAAAGACUCAAUCGAUAACAGACUUUCAUUACCUACAGCUCCUCCGCAAAUUCCAAUACCUGACGAUUCAAAUUGUUCAAUUCCAAAAAUUCCGACUUUGCCAAAGAUCGAUGACGCUAAUUCUAUUACAAACCUUUACUCUCUCCCUGUUGUCUGCAACUUUAACGACAAUAAAAAUGGAGCUUCUUUCAAUUUCAGCCAAAAACAAACUCCGACAACUUUCGAUUACGAUUUAGGUUCAUCUCCACCAAAAAUUCCGACUAUACCAUCGCUUACUAUUAUACCUCCGAAAGGAUCUGGUUCAAAAGUCCCACAAAUUCCAUCAUUACCAAUAUUACCUCCAAGAGCUAGUGAACCUGGCAUUGCAUCACUACCCAUUGGUCCUUCUGUCCCAUCGUUACCAAAUAUCCCUACUUUGACCCCAAUUGACGAUAAAUCCGUGUCAGGAAUCCCACAACUUCCAACAAUUGGCAGUCAAGGAAUUAAUUCGGAGAUGCUAUUCAGAAGUGCUGUAUACAGUUCGAAUUCAACUCGUGAUUACGAUCUUACUGCAGAAAAACUUCAAAUUAUUCCUCCUUCUGAUGCAGUAAUUCUUCCUUCACCGGAUCCAGUUGUUGAUUAUCCAUUAUUCCCCAGCACUCCACCGCCAGGAAGCGAGCCAGAACCAACAAAUAUUUUAUUAUCUUCAUCAUUCGACCAAUUUGUUGGAUCUUCAUGCAAGAUGCAUCGCCGUACAUGGAAUGUCUUUGCUGAUCGCAGCCGUCCAAUUUCCAGGAACGCUCAGCAACUUCAAGUUCCAUCUCUCGCAAAUGUUCAACAGCAAACAUACAUGUCAUACAAUCCAUCAACGCAAUACCAAGCCCAACAAUACCAGCAACAAGCACAACCCCAACAACAGCAAAGUUACGAAAAUGUUCCACAAUUAUUACUAAAUUCCAUCGGAAAUCCAGCACAAUUCUCACAAGUUGCUAAUGCAAACAUCGAUUACGUCAGACAAGUCUCUACAGAGCUCAUCAGUCAGCUCGCAAAAGCAAGAGACCACGCAUCCUUCCAAAUUCUCAUGCAAAUGAACGUUGACCCCAGCAGAAGAGAUGCGGCUGGAGUAACACCUCUGCACUACACUUGUUUUUACGGAAUGAGUGAAAUGGUCGCUGAAUUAUUAGAUAAAGGUGCGAAACCUGACGAAAAAGACAGCAACGGUGCAAGACCAAUUGAUUACGCUAUUUCUAAUAAUUUUGUGGAUAUAGGAUUCGUUUUUGCUGAAAGAGGAAUCAUGUUGAAUAUUGCUCAGGCUCCCGGUUACUAUAAGAUGGUUUUUGACAAAGCACAGAUGAGUGGAAAUAUGUUAGUUAUGGACCAUCUCGUUCAAUGUGGUUAUCGGCCACAAUAA